AUGACCCAGCAACCCACGCAUGCUCGUGUCUCAAGACCGCGCAGCCCGCCAUUCUCUGCGUACCUUCAGCUCGUGGCUUUUACUGCAACCAUUACCGUUUCCGUUUCCAUCUCAGCAAGCCAAGGAUUUGCCACGGGAGGGAAUUUCUUCGGCGUCGCCCUGAGCAACGAGACUGUCCCUACCACGAUGACGGCUGUUCAAGCCACCGCAGACGCUGCGUACUGGCUCUCGUGGGCGGCAGCAACGUCCUCAGUCUCAUUGAUGAUCGCACUCAUUUUACAGCUGAUGCAAACAGACGAGGUAUUUCUAGAUGCUUUGGAAAGCACCAACAAUGGUCGCGAGCGCAGCUUCCCACGGGCAGUUGUGGGAUCUGGUAGUUGGAUUGCCCUCUUGUUACAAGCAAGCGCGUUGGCGUUUAUAGGACAAGCCUUGAGGGCGAUUAAUAAAAACAGUGGGAGUAUGAUACAGUGGGCAUUGCUUGCCGUUGGGGCCACCUUUGUGUCGUUCUAUCUUUAUACCAUCAACUUUUUGGCGGACGUUUAA